AGAUUAAGAUGAAAUUUAAAUGGAUGGUAAUAACAGGCAUUUUUUUGUCCUAUACUAUCUGUUGUUAUUUCUUGUUCAACAUCCUCUUAUUAUUCCAGUGCGUUGUUGGGUUAAGGGUGUGAUCUUUCUCAAAGACGGAACCAGGAUUUUACCCUAGCAGUGACGAAAUAUAUACUAAAAACAUCUAGUGGUGGCGAGACUAUAUAAAUUGUGUAUAUAUUUUUUUUUUACAUAUAAUAAUUGUAUUUUCUAAAAUUUUUGUCGUGGCGGUCGCCGCCACUAACCGCCCGAUCCCAUCCUUGAGCUUUCUGCCAGGACAUGUCGAAUCUAGGUACCACUGUUGGGUCUAUUAGCUUUUGCUUACAGGUAGUAAUUCUUAUCGGAAAUUCCUCAAGUCAGCGAUCCAGUUUUUUCACCUUUUCUCCCCACAAUGUGUAUUUGAUGGAUACAGCCACUGAGGUUGAUGAUUACUACUAUUUGGUUUUAUUCUAAUUUUAACCUCUUCCACUCCUUGUUGGAUGCCGUGUGAUUCCAUUGCUUGUUGCUUGAAAACAAAAAUGCUGGGAGCCACCCUCAACAUUUAGAAUUUAAAGAUGGUUCGUGGAAACCCACUGUCUAUUACCCAGAAAGAUACUGACUUACAGACAUGAACAAAUACAUAGGACAAGAAAUAUUUUGAUGUUUUUGUUGGUUCACCAACUACUGUACCUAUCCUCGUCGAGAAUAAAUUUUUUACAUCGCCGGUGUAAAUAUUUGUUUCCUUCAAAUCAAGUGCAUUACGACAUGUGUCAAAACAAUGAUCCCAAUUAAUAAAAUAUGGCGAUGUGGCGCAAUGUAAUUGAUUUGAAAGAAACAAAUAUUUACACCGACGGUGUAAAAAAUUUAAUCUCAUCCUCAUAUAUGGUCUUCCUUAUCGUCUCAAUACAAGUAAACUGAGCGUACACGGCACCCCUCUCUCUCUCUCAAAAAAAAAAAAAAAAAAAAACAGAGUCAUGGAGGAUGCCAUAGUUCUAUACCCUUCUCCGGCUAUCGGCCACCUUAUAUCCAUGGUAGAGCUGGGAAAGUUCAUACUCACCCACUACCCAUCUUUCUCUAUCAAGAUCCUCAUCACUCCCCCUCCAUACAAUGCUGGCUCCACUGGUCCUUACAUCAACCGUGUCUCUGCAACAACCAGUUCCAUCACCUUCCACCACCUCUCCCCCAUCUCUCUCCCUCUCAACAUCUCUUCUCACCACCAUGAAACCCUAGCCUUCGAACUCCUCCGCCUCAACAACCCAAACGUCCACCAUGCGAUCGCAUCCAUCUCUAACACAUGCACAGUCCGUGCACUUAUAAUGGACUUCUUUUGCUACCCGGCUCUCUCUGUUGGCGCGGAUUUGAAAAUCCCCGCGUACUUCUUUUUCACUUCUGGUGCUGCUUCUCUUGGUGCCUUUUUUUACAUGCCUUUCCUACAUCGAAGCACCAACAAAAGUUUCAAAGAUCUCAACUCUGAUCUUGACAUCCCCGGCCUGCCGCCGAUCCCAUCUGCUGACAUGGCAAAGCCAAUACUUGAACGGAAUGAGAAAGUCUACGAGGACUUUUUGGAUGCGUCAAUUCAACUCCCAAAAUCCGCUGGGAUCAUUGUGAACACAUUUGAAUCGCUUGAGCCAAGAGCCAUGAAAGCAAUAUCGGAAGGUCAUUGUGUGACGGAUGAACCUACACCGCCAGUUCAUUGCAUCGGACCGCUGAUUGCCGCUGACAAUCGGUCUGGCAGUGAUGAUGGAGGCUCAAACGGGUGUUUAACUUGGUUAAAUUCGCAACCGAGUCGAAGUGUUGUGUUUCUUUGUUUUGGUAGCCUGGGGUUAUUUUCACAAGAGCAGUUGAAGGAGAUUGCUGUAGGAUUGGAAAGAAGUGGACAGAGAUUCCUAUGGGUGGUGAGGAGUCCGCCAUCGAAGGACCAAAGCAAGCGAUUCCUGGCACCGCCCGAGCCUGAUUUGGAUCUUUUACUCCCCAAAGGUUUCUUGGACAGGACGAAAGACAGGGGGCUUGUGGUGAAGUCAUGGGCUCCCCAGGUGGUGGUUCUAAAUCAUGGCUCAGUGGGUGGAUUUGUGACUCAUUGCGGUUGGAACUCGACAUUGGAAGCGGUGUGCGCAGGGGUGCCGAUGGUGGCAUGGCCGCUCUAUGCAGAGCAGAGGUUCAACAGGGUGGUUAUGGUGGAGGAGAUGAACUUGGCUUUGCCAAUGAAGGAGUCGGAAGACGGGUUUGUGAGAGCAGAAGAGGUGGAGAAGCGAGUUUGUGACUUGAUGGACUCUGAAGAAGGAAACUCGGUGAGGAUACAGGUGUUGAAAAUGAAGGCCGCCGCUGAGGCGGCAAUGAGUGAGGGCGGGUCAUCUCGAGUUGCCCUGUCCAAAUUGGUUGAGUCAUGGACUCAAGGCUGAGACAAAAUUCACGAGAAAAUAAGUUGUAGCUUUGCGGUGCUAGCUACACAACAGAUCAAUAAAGUUGCUAUUAGAUAUGUCACAUGCUAGCUUGUUGAGGGUUGGCUGGAGCCCCUGUACUAAAUGUAUUGUGAAGAAAUUCAAUUAUCGUGAAGGUUUUAAAA